GGAAGCUGGACACAAAAGGAGCUGAGUCAGUAAGGGCAGAGUCAAGGGAAAUGACAACUACUCACAAACACAACUUCUUCACGCCAGAGCCUCAUUAUAUCCCUGGCUAUGCUGGCUUCUAUCCUCAGCUGCGCUACCAAGUGGGGAACACCUACGGCCGCACUACAGCACAGUUGCUCACUGAUCCCAGUGUACAGAAGAGCCCCUGCUCUGUUCUGUCCCCUAUGUCCAAGCCCAAGUUCAUUGAGGACUUCAAGUCCAAGCCACCACGGAUGCUCUGCAGGGACCUGACUGAACCCUAUAUCCCCCACUAUACCAGUCUGAAACCUUACAAGAACUUUGAGAUCAUGGGCCAGCUCCCACACCAGGAGGUGGAGACUCAGGGGCCGCCACACGUGGAGAACCUAACCAGACAGGUUCCACAGCCUGCGGGCUUCAUGCCUUACCCCCCUUAUCCACCAUGCCCUCCGGGAAGAAAGGAUGCCAGAGACUUGGGACAUCCGGGUUUACUACUGGCAUAUGGGGAAGAGGCCUGGAAGAAUGCUGCCCCUGUUCUUGAGACUCCAGGGAGGCCCCAGCUAUGCCACUGCAGGAGGGAUGAGUACUUGCCUCCACAUCCCCAACAGGAGACACUAGACGUGGACAGGUUCCAGCGGCUGCCCCGGCUAGACCACCCCAACCUAAUCCAACGCAAGGCUAUCUCAGGUUAUGCUGGCUUUGUCCCCCGGUUUGCCUGGGUAAUGGGGAUGAAUUACCAUGAUGGAAUCACACAAGCUAUGGAUGAGUUUGACAAGAACCAGUUCACAUUCAGAAACCCAGUCUCUGCCCUUGGUGAAAGGCUGCCCAGGACCCACUGGCCAAACACCACCAUCUACAGAAGCCAAGGUCUGAUUCCUUUCUACAUGGGCUUCAUCCCAUCCAUGCAGGACAACUAUGCACUGACAUUUGGUAACAGCACCCGAAAAGCCUAUAAGAAGGAACUGGAGAGGCGAAGCCACACACUAUGAAACUGCUUUAAUGGUGGAAUCUGUACAAGUGAUGUUGAGACAGACAGCAAGUGCACAGUGGACAUGGCUGUGAGUAAAUAAAGAGUUCACACUG